AUGCGUAGUGAUUAUUGUGGAGAGAUCAAUGCGUCGAAGAUUGGUGCGGAGGUGGCAGUCUGUGGUUGGGUUCAUCGGCGCCGCGACCACGGAGGUGUGAUCUUUCUUGAUCUGCGCGAUCGAACCGGGAUUGUUCAGGUUGUUUACGAUCCAGAUACGGUAGAGAGUUUUGCGCUGGCUGAUAGUGUGCGCAAUGAAUAUGUUCUGCGUGCAAAAGGUCGUGUUCGCGCCCGCCCUGAAGGUACCGUUAAUCCCGAUAUGGCCACCGGCGAGAUUGAAAUCCUCGGUCUGGAACUGGAAAUUCUUAAUGUCGCACAAACUCCGCCGUUUCAAUUGGAUCAGCAUUCUGAGGCGGGUGAAGAUGUGCGCCUGCGUUAUCGAUAUAUGGAUCUGCGCCGGCCGGAGAUGCAGAAUCGGAUGCGCAUGCGUGCCGCGAUUGCGAGCCAAACACGCCGUUACCUCGAAGAAAACGGCUACUGGGAAGUCGAAACGCCAACUUUGUCUCGUGCAACACCUGAAGGUGCGCGGGACUAUCUGGUACCCAGCCGUACGCAUCCGGGUCAGUUCUUUGCUUUGCCACAGUCGCCACAGGUUUAUAAACAGCUGCUGAUGAUGUCCGGUAUGGACAAGUACUACCAGAUAGCCCGCUGUUAUCGUGAUGAAGACCUGCGCGCUGACCGGCAGCCGGAAUUUACACAGAUUGAUAUCGAAGCAUCGUUUAUCAGUCAGCAACAGGUUAUGGAAUUGACUGAAGGGCUGUUGUCUGGCUUGUUUUCAGAUCUGCUGGACAUCGACCUGGGCGAAUUCCCCGUACUCACCUGGGAUGAAGCGAUGCGUGAUUUUGGCAGUGAUCGGCCAGACCUGCGCAACCCUCUGCGCCUGACCGACAUUGCAGACCUGCUGCAGGAUGUUGAGUUUAAAGUUUUCAGCGGACCCGCUAACGAUGCGCAGGGACGCGUGGUUGCCCUGCGAGCGCCGGGGGCGGCUGCACUGCCGCGCAGGGUAAUUGAUGAACUCACAGAGUUUGUCGGACGGUAUGGGGCGAAGGGACUUGCGUACAUAAAAAUAAACGAUCUGACAGCGGGUUAUGACGGCUUACAGUCGCCGAUUCUGAAAUUUCUUCCUGAGGAGGUAACCGCUGCCAUUCUCGAGCGUGUUGGUGCUGAAGAUGGUGAUGUGGUCUUCUUUGGUGCGGAUCAGGCGAAAGUUGUGAACGACUCCAUGGGUGCGCUGCGUAACGAACUGGGUGAGCGCAUGGAUAUUAUCGCAUCGGGUUAUGCGCCCUGUUGGGUAGUCAACUUUCCAAUGUUUGCCGCAAAUAAAGACGGCACUCUGGGCGCGGAACAUCACCCCUUCACACAACCCACGUGCACGCCUGAGGAAUUGCUGGCGCAGCCGUUGCAGGCAUACGCUGCAGCAUAUGAUGUGGUGGUUAACGGUUCCGAAAUUGGUGGUGGUUCAUUGCGGAUACACGACCAGCAGAUGCAGGCAGCGGUAUUUAAAGCGCUGCAGAUGGGUCAGGAAGCCCAGGCCAAAUUUGGUUUUCUCCUUGAUGCGCUGCAGUAUGGCUGUCCGCCACACGGGGGCAUUGCGUUUGGUCUUGAUCGUCUGGUGAUGCUGAUGACUCAGACGGAAUCCAUUCGGGAUGUUAUUGCCUUUCCGAAAACCCAGACGGCAGCCUGUCUGAUGAUGUCAGCGCCCAAUGAGGUAGAUGAACAUCAGUUGCGUGCUGCUGUCGACAAGGCUCUGGCAGCAAAUAUGCCGAAGGACACCAUUGAGCGCGCCAUAGCGCGUGGUGCUGGUGACGGUGAAGGUAGUGACGUCGAAGAACUGGUCUACGAGGGAUACGGUCCCGGCGGUGUUGCCAUCUUAGUUGAGGCGAUGACCGACAAUAGAAAUCGUACCGUCGCAGAAGUACGCCAUGCGUUCAGCAAAGCAGGCGGUAAUCUGGGAACAGAUGGGUCUGUGGCUUACCUUUUUGCAAAACAAGGGAUCAUCAACUUUGCCCCGGGCUCGGACGAGGAGCAGGUGAUGGAGGUGGCACUGGAAGCGGGCGCUGAAGACAUCGAAGCAGAAGAAGAUGGUGCACUGUCUGUCACGACGCCCUGGGAAAACCUCUCUGAUGUGGUCACCGCGUUGACGCAAGCGGGGCUGUCGCCCGAUCAUAACGAAGUGACGAUGGUGGCUUCGACGACAACUGACUGUGAUGAAGAACUGGCUCAGAAAGUGCUGCGUUUGCUGGAUGCAUUGGAAGAGCUUGACGAUGUGCAGGAGGUGUACAGCAAUGGCGACUUUCCUGCGCGAGGUGUGGCCAUUGCGGCAGCAGUAGCGGCGCAGUUGCCGGUUUAUGAAUACGCGGCGCGGCAGGUUAAGCUGGCCGUUGUCGGUACCGGUCGAGCUAACAAGGCAGAUGCCGCAGACGCGCUUGCCAUUGCAGUGAUCACAGGUAAGCUCAUCGAGCUGGAUGCAACACAUCUGCUGGUAGAUGUGGCAGGUGUUGCUUACGAGGUAGAGGUAUCUGCGAACGUACUGCAGGCUGCGCCGCAGACGGGAACGGCACUCACUCUGUUUACACACUUUGUCGUUCGUGAAGACGCACAGCUGCUGUUUGGAUUCGCCAAUAAGCAUGAACGUGACCUUUUUCGUGCGUUUAUCAAAAUAAACGGCGUAGGACCCAAGCUCGGGCUGGCGUUGAUUUCUGCCCUCGAUCCACACACGCUGGGUGUCGCCGUGCGGGAUAACAACGUAUCUGUAUUAACCAAAGUGCCGGGCGUAGGUCGUAAAACUGCGGAGCGGUUAAUGGUUGAAUUAAAAAGCAGAAUCGACCAGUUGACCCGGAAUGGCUCAAUGCCUGCGGCGGUGGUCAGCGCUGAUGGCGCCCUCACGCCACGCGCACACAGCCAGGUAGGCGAGGCAGAGGAUGCAUUGAUUGCGCUUGGCUAUCGGUGCGUCAUGAGCAUUGAGCCCGAUCGCCUCAUAUCUGGUCACUCUGAGCCUGGAGAAAAGCGCCACGACCAUGCUCUGCGUCCGAUCAGUCUGAGUGAAUAUAUCGGUCAGAGUGCGGUAAAAGAGCAGAUGGACAUCUUUAUCCGCGCUGCCAGAGGUCGGGGUGAAGCAUUGGAUCACACAUUGAUCUUCGGCCCUCCCGGGCUUGGCAAAACAACGCUGGCGAAUAUUAUUGCCAGGGAGAUGCACGGCACCAUCAAGUCCACCUCGGGACCGGUAUUGGAAAAACCGGGCGAUCUGGCGGCGAUGCUGACAAAUCUUGACGAAGGUGAUGUUUUAUUUGUGGAUGAGAUCCAUCGUUUGUCGCCGGUAGUAGAAGAGAUUCUGUAUCCGGCUAUGGAAGACUUUCAGCUGGAUAUAUUGAUUGGUGAAGGCCCUGCUGCACGCUCGCUGAAGUUGGAUCUGCCGCCAUUUACUCUGGUUGGCGCGACAACCAGGGCUGGUCUGUUGACCAGUCCGCUGCGCGAUCGUUUUGGUAUUGUGCAGCGCCUGGAAUUCUAUACUGUGGAAGAGUUAACGCAGAUAGUGACGCGCUCCGCGGCCAAACUUGAGCUGCAGACAGAUCUCGCAGGCGCAGCGGAAAUCGCUCGCCGAAGUCGCGGUACCCCCCGGAUCGCUAACCGAUUGCUGCGCCGAGUCAGGGAUUUUGCUCAGGUCAAAGGUAACGGCCUGGUCAGCGCCGAAAUUGCGGAUGACGCGCUCAACCUGUUGAAAGUGGAUAAACAGGGUUUUGAUCUGAUGGACCGUCGCCUGCUGUCUGCCAUCCUGGAUAAGUUUGGUGGUGGACCGGUCGGGCUGGAAUCAGUGGCCGCGGCGGUGAGUGAAGAGAAAGACACCAUCGAAGAUGUGAUUGGCGUUAUGGCGCUGCUGGUGCUGGCGUCCGUGGUGUCGUGGAUGAUGAUCUUCCAGCGUUGGUUUUUUCUCCGCCGCGCCCAGGCUGAAGUGGAAGAUUUUGAAGAACAUUUCUGGUCAGGUAUCGAUUUGCGCAAGUUUUUUGUUGAACUCGAGCGUGAAGACAGUCUGAACGGCAUUGAAAACAUUUUUGCUUCAGGGUUUCGCGAAUACACGCGCCUAUCUGAGCAGGCCGGGGUUGAUGCUGAAGCGAUUAUGCAGGGCGUUCAACGCUCCAUGCGGGUUGCGGUGAAUCGUGAGGAAGCGCGUCUUGAAACCCACUUACCCUUUCUCGCCACGGUAGGAUCCACCAGCCCUUACGUAGGUUUGUUUGGUACGGUCUGGGGCAUCAUGAAUUCUUUCCGCUCGCUGGCGAACAUGAGCCAGGCAACGUUGGCAUCCGUUGCGCCAGGCAUUUCUGAAGCCCUGGUGGCGACCGCGAUGGGUUUGUUUGCGGCUAUCCCCGCGGUGAUUGCCUACAACCGUUUUUCUGCCCGGGUAGAAAUUCUGAUGAAACGUUACGAAGCUUUUGCCGAUGAAGUGUCUACGAUUCUGCACCGUGCAGCGCAUACGCGCAUAGAAGAGAGCUAG